AUGAAAAGAAAUCGUAAAUUAAUUGAACAUGCCAAAAAUCUUUCUUCAUCUGAUCUUUAUAAUUUUAUUCUUCAUUCCAAUAGACAUAUAUCAAAUAAUUAUCAAAUUGAAAUAUAUCAUGGUGAAGAAUUAUUAAAUGAAUAUAAAAAACAAAUUAUAGAAUUAUUUGAAAUCAAUAUGAAAACAUUAUAUCAACAAUCAAAUCAUGAUUAUAAUAUUAAUGAAAAAAAAAUAGAAUUAUUUUCUAAUCAAUCAAGAUAUUUACUUAUUUUAUCUUCAAAUAAAUUAUUAGCAUUUGCACAUUUUCGUUUUGAUAUUGAUUAUGGUUGUCGUGUUUUAUAUUUAUAUGAAUUACAAGUAAAUAAAAAUUAUCAAGGACAAGGUCUUGGUCAAUGGAUAAUAGAACAAAUGAAAAUAUUUUGUCAAAAAACACAAAUGUUAAAAAUUGUAUUAACUGUUCAUAAAGUUAAUAAGAAAGCAAUUGAUUUUUAUAUGAAAAAAUGUCAAUUUGAAAUUGAUGCUUCGGAUCCGAGUGAUGAACCUGUUGACUAUGUUAUUCUUUCUUUCACUAUAUAA